GUCAAUGUGUUGGCUUUGAAUUUUAAAACGUUUUCAGGAAAUAAAUGGCGACGUUUCUUAUAUUGCAUCAGUCAAUACGAUAUACUGUGAUUGUGUGUUCUAGAAAGAAAAAAACAACAUUGAGUUGUUGUUUUGUUUUAAAUUUAAGCUUGGUAUAGUGAACGUUAGUUGAUCUACUUAGCCAAGAUUGCUAUGUUGACUUUUGAGGAUUUUUGCGGUGGACCACUUUGGAACCACUCUGAGUUUCUUAGCUCAUCAUGGCCCAAAUUAACACCUUGUUUCCAACAAACCAUGCUGGUGUGGAUACCCUGUUGUUUGGCGGCCUUGUUUGGCCCAUUUUAUGUCUUCCAUUUAAGAAAUCUGCAUUUGAAAAAAUCACUGCCACUUGGUCUUUUAAAUUUUUGGAAAACUCUCUGCCAUGUUACAAUGGCAGUUUUGACUUUGGUUGAUUUAUUGGAUAAAGUAAGUCUUCGAGCUGAAGAUAAAGUUGUUUUAUACCCUGCUUACUUUACGGCUAGUGUUGUUAAGAUAGUGACUUUUACUUCUGUUGGAGCCAUUGGACAAUAUGAAAGGAUUUGUGGUAUAACAGCUUCACUCUUCCAGUUGGCCUUCUGGGCUUUUAUGUCUACUUCACUUCUUAUUAUUACUUACAUCAAUGUCAUACUAGAGGUGUACAUAGAUGACUUUAUUAGCUUUGUAAUCUUCAUCAUCACUGUCUUCACAUCAGUCAUGUGUUUUAUACUCAACUGUGUCUCGGAACAUCACCAUGGUCACAGUGUUCAUAAGUCCAAAGGCUACAGAAUUAUUUCAGAGAAUGUUUGUCCUGAAUUACAAGCCUCCGCACUCUCACAAACUUUCUUUUGUUGGAUGUUUUCGACAAUCUACAGAGGUUACAAAAAGGGAAUUGAAGAGUCUGACCUUUGGUCCCUGCCCCCAUACAUGGAGUGUGAAUAUCAUUUUCCUAAGUUUGAAAAGUUGUGGAAACAAGAAAUUUUGAGAUGUAAAGGUUUAAAGAAAAGUCUGACAGCAGAGUUCAGCUUGUCUCACAAAAAUGAUAAAAAGUCUUCCAGACCAUCACCUACAAUUAAGACCACUAGAUUUAGUGAAAGUACCAGGCUGCUCAAUGUUGCUGAGAGCCCCAAAUCUGUGUAUACACAUUACUUGGAUAAAACAAAAAACCAGUAUAAUAGUAAUGGCAUGCCAGGUCCAUCCUUAAUAUCUGUUUUGUGGAAACAGUUCAAAUUUAUGUUUUUUCAAUACACUUGGACCAAACUAGUCUCAGAUAUGGCAGUCGUUUGUGGGCCCUUGCUUAUGCAGUUGUUACUGGCAUAUAUGGAAACUCGACAUCCUGGCAAUGAAUGGCAAGGCUACUGUAUUGUUUUUUUAAUGUUGGUUGUAGGCCAGUUUCGAAUAGCUAUAUAUAAUUAUUCAAUGGGGAUCAGUUAUAAAAUGGCCAUGAUGGUUCGAUCUGUCCUUGUUACAGCCAUCUACAAAAAGGCUUUGAGAAUCAGUAAUGAGUCCAAGAAGAAGUCAACAGUUGGGGAGAUAGUCAAUCUAAUGUCCGUGGAUGCUCAGAGGGUUCAAGAGUUUUUAAUCAAGAUUUCCUUCUGUCAUACAACACCAGUGCAGGCCAUUGUGUCUCUUGGGAUUAUUUAUUCCAUCAUCGGACCCGCAGUUCUGGCUGGGUCUUUGGUACUUGUCAUAUUGGUGCCAGUUAGCAUUUCAAUAGCCAUUAAACAGAGGGAACUUUUGAAAGAAAAUUUAAAGUUCAAAGAUAACAGACUUAGAAUGUUGAAUGAAAUUUUUAAUGGAAUCAAGGCACUUAAGUUGUAUGCUUGGGAGAAAUCAUUUCAUGACCGUGUUGAAGGAGCCAGGGCUGCAGAGAUCUCCACCUUGUUCAAGAUUUCAAUGUUUUAUGUUGCUGCAGGAGUUUGUUGGAACUUAGCUGGAUAUUUGAUGGCAUUAAUCACAUUUACCACCUACCUAUGGAGUGAUCCAGAACACUUUCUAGAUCCCAGCAUUGCCUUCAUGGCCUUGGCCUUGUUCAACAUACUACAAGUAUAUCUAGAUUUUAUGGCUUCCAUCAUUUCACUAGGUGCUCAGGCUUAUGUGUCUGCGAGAAGGAUUGGCAAAUUUCUUGAAUAUGAAGAGCUGCGAGAUGAUUCAGUCACAGUUUUAACAGAUACUGAAAAUGUGAUCUCUAUAAAAGGUGCUGAGUUAACAUGGGAUAAAACUUCUCCAUCAACUUUAAAGAACAUUACUUUGAAUGUGCCCAAAGGUCAGUUGGUAGCUGUAGUCGGCCAAGUUGGAAGUGGGAAAUCUUCACUUGUUUCUGCCAUACUUGGAGACAUGGAGAAAAGGAAAGGAAGCAUUGCUAGAAAGGGUACUGUGGCCUAUGUUCCUCAACAAGCUUGGAUUCAGAAUGCUACAGUCAGAGACAAUAUCAUAUUUGGUAAAGGUUUCCGGGAAAGGAAAUACAAGAUGGUGGUAUCAGCUUGUGAGCUGGAGAGAGAUUUUGGUAUCUUGAUAGCUGGAGAUCAAACUGAGAUAGGAGAGAAAGGCAUCAACUUGUCUGGUGGUCAGAAGCAGAGGGUAUCAGUGGCCAGGGCUGUGUAUCAAGAUUGUGAUAUCUACUUGUUAGAUGACCCACUGAGUGCAGUGGACAGCCAUGUGGGCAAAGCAAUGUUUGAUAAUGUGAUAGGCCCUCAUGGUCUGCUCAAGGACAAGACUCGUAUUUUAGUCACUCAUGGUGUCCAUUUCCUGCCCCAAGUAGAUACUAUUGUUGUGAUGAACGAAGGGCAGAUAUCUGAAGUGGGCAGCUAUGAAGAGCUACUGGCCCAUGAUGGACCAUUUGCUCGCUUUCUUAAAGUUCAUCUCUCACAAGAGCAGCUAGACUUUGUAGAGAAUGAAGAGGAUCCAGAAAGUAUUUCUCUUACAGUUGCUUCCAUCAAAGACACCAUGUGGAACAGAGUGGAACUUUUGACAUCAGAUGCUGCUACAUCAGGGGAUGAAGGCAGAACUUAUAGGAAAAGAAAGAUGGAACAUAGUGCAACUUUAUCAAGGCAUGGUGGAAGUUUAAUACAAAGUAAACUGACCAACAAAGAAGUGGGAAAGUUAAUUACAUUAGAAGUAUUGGCUAAAGGAAGAGUCUCUACUGGUGCUUAUGCCAAGUACCUAAAAGCAGCUGGAGUUCUUCCUGUGGCAAUGGGUAUUUUAAUGUUUUGGUGCUACCAGGCUGUCAGUGUUGGCACCAACUAUUGGCUGACCAGCUGGACAGGGGAUGAUGACUUGACCAACAGAACUAGCUCUCCUGAGAACUUGGCAAGCAUUAACAACUAUUAUUUAUCAGUCUAUGCAAUAUUUGGGCUCAUUCAGUUGGUGUUUCUUGUUAGUUAUUAUUACCUGUUCUGGACUCGAGUGGUGCAGGCUGGGAAAAAUCUCCAUUCACAGAUGACAGAAAGACUGUUUAAAGCUCCCAUGUCUUUUUUUGACACCACACCUGUAGGACGUAUUUUAAAUAGGUGUUCCAGAGAUAUAGAAGUGGUUGACAAUUUUUUACCCAUUAUCUGUCGAGAUUUCAUUGGAACCUUUGGUACAAAUGUGAUCACCAUCAUAGUCAUAAUGAUAGAGACCCCAGUGUUUGGGGCUGUACUUGUACCUAUCAUCUUUCUCUUCCUCUACAUAUUGAAAUUUUUUGUUCCCACAUCAAGGCAGCUCAGACGAAUUGAACACAUCAAGAGAUCACCAAUUUAUAUGCAUUUCAGUGAAUCUGUAACAGGGGCCUCGGUGAUCAGAGCCUAUGGAGUUACAGAAAGGUUUAUCAAAGAGUCUGAGAAAAGAGUCAAUCACAAUACUCUGUUUUUCUUUGCUACUAACAUGGCUAUCAGAUGGCUGUCAGUGAAUCUGGACACUCUGGCUAAUCUUGUGAUUUUCUUCACUGGUUUCCUGCAAGUGUAUUCAUCAGGCAGCAGUGCUGGUCAGGCUGGACUCACUGUGUCCUAUGCACUUCAGGUGUCUGGAAGUCUUCCUUGGAUGGUCAGACAAGUUGCAGACUUUGAGACAAAUGUUGUGUCCGUAGAAAGAAUUAAAGAAUAUUCAGAAAUAGAGCAAGAGGCAGACUGGAUUGUACCAAACAAACGUCCUCACCCUACUUGGCCAUCACAUGGUCUGGUACAGUUCAAGAAUUUCAGUGUACGCUAUAGAGAAGGCUUAAGUUUGGUCAUCAGAGGAAUGACUAUCACUAUACAGGGAGGAGAGAAAGUGGGAAUUGUUGGUCGCACAGGGGCAGGUAAAUCUUCACUAUCUUUGUCUUUGUUUCGGCUUAUGGAAGCAGCAGAUGGAUGCAUCUUAAUUGAUGGAGUAAAUAUUUCUGACUUGGGACUUCAUGACCUGAGGUCUAGACUGACUAUCCUUCCUCAGGAUCCUAUUUUAUUCUCUGGCACUUUGCGCAUGAACCUUGACCCAUUUAAUGAGUUUAGUGAUGAUGACAUCUGGACUGCUCUAGAAAGAUCACACCUGAAGGUUUUUGUUAGCCAGCUGCCGGACCAGUUAAUGUAUCCUUGUGGGGAAGAAGGACAAAAUCUCAGUGUUGGUCAGAGACAGCUAAUUUGUCUGACCAGAACUCUUCUAAGGAAAACAAAGAUCCUUGUUUUGGAUGAAGCCACAGCUGCAGUUGACAUACAGACUGACACCUUGAUACAAAACACCAUCAGAUUUGCUUUUCAGAGCAGCACCAUCAUAGCCAUAGCUCACAGAUUAAACACUAUUUUAGAUUAUGAUAAAGUGAUGGUUCUGGAUGCUGGUAUUAUCAAAGAAUAUGGGACACCCAAUGAACUGUUGGAGAACACACAGUCCAUCUUUUACUCCAUGGCUGCUGAUGCUAAAUUAGUUUAGUUUUACAUUUAUGAUCUAAACUGUUUAGAUGAAAUUUACAUCAAAUAGAACUGAUCACCUGUCUACAUUUUUAGUGUUCAGUAUUAACUUGUUUCUGAAGCUGCUUUACUCCAUCAGAAUUACAAUCUUCAGUUAAAGUUGAUACAAUUAUACUUUAAGGGCUAAACCAUAUUUAAACUUCCUUCUUCUAAGCCAAAUAGAUUCGAUCAACAGUAAUAAUUUUAGAAAGUGUAUUGAAUUUUAAUUGUACCUUAGGAUUUUCAGUGUUGUCUUAUGGAAGAAAAAAAAAACAUUUGUAAUGAGUUAUUUUUUAAAGAUAAAAUAUUAAUUUAUUUAAUAAAAUGUAUACAUUUGUUCAACAGUUUUUCUCCACACACAGAAAUGUUUAGGAGGAAAAUGUUUUAUUAAAAAUAAUCUCAAUUAGAAUGAAUCAUGCUGUUACUAAUUAUGCCUUAUCAAAAAUAUUUUUUUGUAAUUUGCAACAUAAUAUAUCUGCAGAAGCUUCAUAUUUGUAUUUAAUAUCACAAGAAAUAGACUAAAUUGUCUCAAUACUUAAAAAAAAAAAUGUAUACACUUCAAAUGUUGAGGCACUUGUAAUUGUAGCUAAUUGUUGUUACACUUUGAAAUGAAUAAAUUUUAAAUACAUGUUACUGACAAAGGGCAAAAACUGACAUUAAUAAUUUUUUGCCUGGCAAAGUAGGAAUAACUGCCCAGGCAUUUCAUUGAGUGUCUAGUCAGUCUGUAGAAUGAAUCAGUCUGUAGAAUGACUGAAACAACUUUAAACAAAGUAUAAAAUGUUAAAUCUUGAAGGGAAAAGGAUAAAACAAAUUUAGAAAGAUGAGAAAUGUACAUUUGUCUUUUAUUUUUUUUUGUUCUAACUAGUCAAAGUGUCUACAUGUUUUCAUGUGAUAUCUUUAAAGAAGGACACUAGUACCUUACUGAGUUACAAUGGUUCUAAAAUUACCGACUGUUGUUGGAACUUAAAAUAUAGGUGCAAUAUGUUAUGUUUAUCAAGUUGUAAGUUAUUUCUGUUUUUUAUAAUGAUCCCAAUAACCAAAACCAUUAGUAAGAUGAGCUUGUUACAUUACAAACAUGUACAUUUUGUUUUGGUUGAGUAGAUUCAUGUCAGCAGGAAUUAAAAUAAAAUACUUGUGGAGAUUUUCAUACUCAUGA